CGAGUGUAUGGCAUAUGCUGUUAAACAUGGAGGCAGAGAAAAACAUUAACAUUAGAGACAGCGGCGAGGUGGCGGAGAAAGAAGAGCUUCUACACCGUAAAAACCAUCGACGAGGAGGCAUCAGAACAUUACCCUUCAUCCUUGGAAAUGAAUUUUGUGACAGAUUUGCAAGUUCUGGUUUUCAUGCGAACAUGAUAAACUACUUGACUCAACAGCUGAACAUGGCAAUGGUACCUGCCUCCAACUUGCUCACUACUUUCGCUGGAACUUCGAGUUUUACUCCUCUUUUUGGUGCUCUAAUUGCUGACUCGUUCGCUGGCCGGUUUUGGACUAUUGUUGUCGCUUCAUUCAUCUAUGAACUGGGAUUGAUUGUUAUAACUUUAUCAGCUAUACUACCCCAUCUGCGUCCCCCAGCAUGCUCAACACAGGUGAACUGCAGAGAAGCCUCAUCCUCUCAGCUGUGGAUACUGUACGUCUCUCUUUUACUCAUAGCACUUGGCACAGGGGGAAUUAGACCCUGUGUUGUCACCUUUUCAGCAGACCAAUUUGACAUGACCAAAACAGGAGUAGCAUCAAGGAACUGGAACCUCUUCAAUUGGUACUCCUUCUGCAUGGGCUUGGCUUCUCUAAGUGCUUUGACCAUUGUGGUUUACAUUCAAGACAACAUGGGAUGGGGUUGGGGUCUUGGAAUUCCAACCAUUGCCAUGCUCAUAUCCAUCAUUGUCUUUGUGUUGGGCUCACCACUCUAUAGGUCCGUCAAACCAAAUGGUAGUCCAAUCGUUCGUUUGGCACAAGUAGUUGUUGCUGCUGUAAAGAAGAGAAAGGAGGCUUUGCCCCAGGAUCACAAGCUUUUGUACCAAAAUUGGGAGCUAGAUGCUGCUAUUUCCUCGGAAGGAAGGCUUCUACACUCUCAUCAAUUCAAAUGUUUGGACAAGGCUGCAAUUGUGACAGAAGAAGAAGGAAGAGAUCCAAAUGCAGCACAAGACUUGUGGAAAUUAGCGACGGUGCACAGAGUUGAGGAGCUAAAAUCCAUCAUUAGAAUGCUUCCAAUUUGGGCCUCAGGAAUUUUGCUGAUAGCUGCAUCAUCGUCUCAUAAUUUUGUGAUUCUGCAGGCUCGCACAAUGGAUAGACACCUCUUUCACACCUUCCAAAUCCCCCCAGCGAGCAUGAGCAUUUUCACUGUUCUAACCUUGAUGGUAGGUGUUGUUCUCUACGAACGGCUUUUUGUUCCAUUUAUCCGUAGGUUCACAAAGAACCCUUCAGGAAUCACAACCCUACAAAGAAUGGGAGUAGGUUUUGUGGUUAGCAUUAUAGCCACACUGGUCUCAGCAUGGGUGGAAAUCAAGAGAAAGAAAGUUGCUGCCAAGUACCACUUAUUGGACAGUCCAAGUGCAACUAUUCCUAUGAGUGUGUUCUGGUUGGUACCUCAGUAUUGUCUGCAUGGGGUUGCUGAAGUUUUCAUGGUUGUGGGCCAUUUGGAAUUUCUGUAUGAUCAGUCACCUGAGAGCAUGAGGAGCACUGCUGCAGCUCUAUACUGCAUAACCACUGCCAUUGGGAACUAUGUUGGCACAGUUAUGGUUUCACUAGUUCACAAGUAUUCUGGCAAGGAAAGGAACUGGUUGCCUGAUACCAACCUCAACAGGGGUAGAUUGGACUGCUACUUUUAUCUUCUCAGUGGAAUCCAAGUUUUCAAUCUCAUUUAUUUUCUAAUAUGUGCAUGCUUUUACACUUACAAGUCCCUCGAGGAAAUUAGCCAAGUUAAUAAUCUCGAAGAUUUGGAACAAGACAAACAAAACAUCUCUUCUGUCACUUAGGUUGUAUAUGUAAGGAUGUACCAGAAGAUAAUUUACAAUUAAUGAAAAAGAUUUAAAUUUCAUAUUCAA